AUGAGUUUCCGAAUCAGAUCCUGUACACAAGGCCUAAGAGGCCUCACAUCCACCCCUCUACAUCUACGCAGCAGCACACUGAGUCACAUCCGUCCCCUAUCAACAACACCAACAACCCACCUCCCCUCCCUAUCCUCUACCAAAGAACCCCUCCGCCCGCCAACAACAGCGCAAGAACGGCAGGAAAUGCUCGAAACGCUCGAGCGGCAAAUCCUAUCCCCCGAGCGCGCCGAAACCGCCUACAGCGGCACAGACAACGCCGUCGGCGGCGACAACUACGCAUACGACCCCUCGAUAACAAACCCCGAGGGCGAGUUCCAGUGCUUCGAAGAGGAGGUGCGUGUUGACGGCGCGGUUGAUCCGCUCUACGUCUCCCCUGCGAAUCGGGAUUUCAGCCAGAUGCUGGAUCCGAAUUUGGAUGGGAGGGCUGUUGGGAGUGAUAAAGGGGAUCGGCUGGGUGCGGCGGGCAGUGUGAGGGGGUGGGUGAAGAAGGGGAAGGAGGUUAAGAUUCGACAGGCGAAGGGGAAGGGGGUGAAUGUUGAUGAGUAUGAGAGGUUGUUGAAGGGACUGAGGAAGGUGCAGAUGAGGCAUAUGGGCAAGGAUGCAACGGAGAAGCCAGCUUGA